AUGGCGACCGAAACAGAAGGACCACCAUCCGGAGGUCUGGCUCAUCUUCCCUGGCAACAGGUCCCGAAGUUCACACCGGGGACCACGAAUGUGGAUGAGUACACUCAACGUCUCAAGUUCUUGAAGGAACUUUGGCCGACAGAACACCUGCAGCAUCUGGCGCCUCGUGCGGCGCUUCUGGUUGAAGGGGCAGCCUUUCACAAGAUAAGCCGAAUCUCGCCGGAGAAACUGCGGUCUGCUGAUGGAGUGCAACUUCUAGUCGAGACCCUAGGAGGAUCCUGGGGAAAGACGGCGGUCGAGGAGAAGUACCACUUCUUUGAGCAAGCUAUGUUUCAGGUGUCCCAAAAAGCUGACGAGAGUAACGACUCCUACAUCUCCCGUCAUGAUGCAGCAUUCGAAGAACUGUUGUCGCGGAAGGUGAGUCUGGAAGAAAUCCGGGCCUACAUCCUUCUACGUCACUCCCAGCUGAACCCUGAGGAUAAGAAGAGAGUCGUGGUUGAGGCCAAGGGUGACUUGAAGUACCAGGACACAGUCAAGUCAGUCACGCUCUUGGGCUCGAAGUUCUUCACGGACUUUCAGCAACGUGGUUCAAGCAGCAAAGGGGCGGAGCGUUCCAAGGUGUACGACGUGCACGCCGCCAUGGAGGAAGAGCCUGGCGACGAAGUCUUCGUUGCGGAAGACGAGGAGCACGACGAGGACAUCCUUAUGAUGUUCUUGGAACAGCAGGACGAAGACGCGGUGCACAUCACGGAAUUCGAGGACAGCAUCGUGGAGGCCGUCCAGGAAUCCAGCCUGGCGCCGGUUUUCACUUCGUAUCUCGAAGCUCGACAACGUCUGCGGGACAAAGCGAAGGCUCGUGGCUUUUUCCGUCCCAAAGGCAAAGGCUCCAAGAUGCUCACGCAGAAGAAGGGCAAGCAAGGCUUUGGGGAGGGCUUCCGCAGGAAGUCGCUUGCAGACACUGCAGAAUAUGCGGGGCGCGGGGACAUUGGAAAAGGGAAUGUCACGUCCCAGAUCCCCGAGGAUGCGAUCUACUUCCAUGAGGACGACGACUUUGAAGAGGACAGAAAGGUGAAGCCUAAGACAGCAUUUGCAGCCGCCUUUGCACGCCGAUUGUUAAUGCUAACCAGGACGCCUGAAAAGGCGAAAGAUGCAGCUCGCAAGUCGCUGGCUGAGAAGGGGAGUGGCAAAAUGCCAGGCAAGGAGACGCAUCAGGGCAGGAAGCCAGAACCAUUUUGGCCAGAAGAUCUGCUGCGAGAGUUGUUUUAUCACCAAGUAGAGAGGGGACGACAUCUCCAUAUUGCAGGUGGGUCAGGAAUCUUUGACUCCAGCGCAGAUCGUUUGGCAGAGGUUCAGCAAGGGAUGCUGUGUCUGGUCCACAAUCCAUCGGAGCUGGGCAAGAAUGCGGUUCCCUCGCGCAACAAUUACCUCAACAAGAAGACCGUGGUAUAUACCACAUCCCGGGCAAUCCAACAAGCACUGGACACUCGCAUCCACUCAGCCAGCCACAGCAGGAAGCAUGCCACACAACACACAGCAAACGGCAAGCAGCCGACAGUGCCACGUUCACAUCCGUGCACUAGAUUUGCGGACGGCGUAGCUAAGUGCCUCAAGGGUAAAGCCGGGAUGCCCCUAGUUUUAGAAGAGUUACUUGUUGGUGAACAUAAAAGGGAGGGAUCCGACUCUGACCUUUCGACUGCUCAGCAAGUGUUGAAGCGUCGGCGAUUGCUUGGAAAACAGCCGCCACCACAAAAGCCUCCCGAACCUAUUGAGAACCCCUGGGUUAAGAUAUUUCAGAUGGUAAAUGAGAGGGUUCCCCCCAAGGGCCGGGUAUAUGUACAGGAAGGGGAGGAAGUGGUGACUGCCAUUCAAGCAUUGCUGCCGGACAUGAUAGUCAAGCAUGCGGUUUUCUGUCGUGGAGUGAAUCGUGUUCAGCCAGCACUUACCGAAACCAUGCCCAAGGAAGUGCCACUGCGGUACACUGUUGUAAUCAAGAGAGCUGGAGGCGAGAUUGUUGCCGAUAAAACUCCUGAGGAACCAAGUCCACAUCAGGAGGCGCCAGGAAUUCGUGCAGCACAUGUUGCACAGCCGAGUGAAGCUGAGCCGCAGAGACCUGAGCACAGUGUAGCAGCGCCGUCACCCGCGGAGCAUGAGCAGAUUGAGAUGCAGAUGGGACCGGAAGUAGAGGGGACCCCAAGGGAGCAGAAAAUGGAGCUGUCCCGUCUGCAUCACAAUCUAGGCCAUCCGGCUGUGGAGGUGUUUGUGAAGUUCUUGCAGGAGCGGAAAUCCGAGCCGGCUCUCAUUCGUGGUGCGCGAGAUUACUGCUGCGCCACCUGCCUGGAGACAGUGCCGUCAGUCAAACCCUCGCGUCCAGCGAGCAUUCAUUUUGAUGGAGAUUUUGGGGAUGUCGUAGGUAUGGAUGUAGCCUACUGGACUGGCAGGGCAAGGCAGCAGUAUCUUUUCACGCAUGUUGUGGAUGAGGCGACCUUGUUUCAGCAAGCGGUAGCAGCAGGGCGGACACCAGAAGAGCAGUUUUCCGUGCUUGCAGACACAUGGUUCCAGUGGACGGGCCCGUGUAAAGUCUUGUACAUUGACCCUGCAGGGGAAUAUAACAGUGACUUUUGGAGGUUGCAGUUACAGAGAGAGGGCGUCCGGGCUAAUGAGAUGAUUGAAGGUCCAGAGGAUUUCAAGCGCUGCCUGCGAGAAGCUGUCCGUCUCGGCCACGUGUCACUCAAUUUGAACCGGGAGAUUGGGUUCUAUAUUGGCGACGUCAGCGUGGGGGCACCGGGGCGAGAGGGGUAG